AUGACUGCCAACAAUGCACUUCUAUGUGUUGCUGCAGUAUUAGCAUUAGCAUUAUUAACCUCUACAUGGGACUUGAAGUUGAGGCCUAAAGUCCAGCAGGCAGCAGGAGCAGCUCAUCCACUUUUUCCGCCGGUGAAACAAGAGAAGCAGUCCCUCCGUGAAACGUUGUCCUGGAGGCCGCCCCAUCCCCCGGCGGUAGAGGAUCCCCACUUCCCCCCGCAGUUUGAGCUAAAGUCUCCAGAGGCGCCCAAUAGUGUUCGGGUCAUCUGCAUGGAAAACUCAAUCAGAGUGGAGGCCAAACGAGAUCUACUGGGUAUUGGUCAGCUUAUCAAGCCUGCGGACAUCACCCUGGGAGUGUGUCCAUCUACCGGAGAAGACACACAGGACCAAGUCCUGAUCUUCGAGUCGGAGCUGCAUGAGUGUGGCAGCCAACUUUUGAUAUAUGAGGAUACCUUCGACUAUGUCUUCAAGCUGCAGUACACGCCAUCACCUCUGGGAAACACGCCCAUUAUCCGGACCAGAAACAUUACUGUCAGCAUUCAAUGUCAAUACCAGAGGAAACACAACGUGACCAGCAGCUUCCUGAAUCCUACCUGGACUCCGUUUAGUGACGCCAAAGUUUCUGAAGAAAGCCUGUACUUCUCGUUCAAACUGAUGACUGACGACUGGCAGUUUGCUAGGCCAUCUUCUGAAUUCCUUCUGGGAGACAUGAUGAAGUUUGAAGUUUCUAUCAAGCAGUUUCACCAUACGCCUCUCAGGGUGAUGGUGGAUGACUGCGUAGCGACCGUGGUUAGGAACACUGACACAGUCCCUCGUUACUCCUUCAUGGGCAACAACGGGUGCCUGUUUGACAGUCAGGUGACUGGCUCAAGCUCCCGCUUCUUGCCUCGUUCCCAGGAAGACCACUUGCGGUUUGAGGUGGAAGCUUUUAAGUUCCAGCAGGAUUACAGAGGCGUGAUCUAUAUCACCUGCAACUUGAAAGCCACGGCUGUGACGGCAGUCGUGGAUUCUGGCAACAAGGCCUGUUCCUUUGCCAAUGGGUGGACUGAGGCAAGUGGUGUCCAUGAGGCGUGUUCCUGCUGUGAUAGAGAUUGUGGAACAGGAAGUUGGCCGCGAGUGACCGGAAACAGGGGUCACCUGACUUCAACUGGUGCAGAAUGGAAAGAGGAAGUUGCAGUCGGUCCAGUCACGGUGAAAGAAAGACCACUCAGUGACACGUCAUGA